AACAAAUUGCUCUCUUUCAACACAUUCUUGAUAAUUUUUUCCACUUCCUUAAGACAACAAACACAAAAACAGAGAUGUCAUCAAGUGUUUGCUCAUCAACUUCCAUUUCUAAGUUCAUUUCAGACCAACCAUAUCUUCAUAUGCUAGAAACCAAAUGUACCACUAUGACAGACCUCAAAAAGAUUCAUGCUCAUCUCAUAAAAAGUGGUCUAAUUAAGGAUAAAAUAGCAUCUAGUCGUGUCCUUGCAUUUUCAGCCAAGUCUGGUGAUAUCAAUUAUGCAAACAUGGUUUUCACUCACAUAGAAAAUCCAAAUCUUUUCACUUGGAAUACUAUCAUUAGAGGUUACUCACAGAGUUCAACUCCACAAUAUGCAAUUCAUCUCUUCAUUCAAAUGUUGAACAAUUCACUAGUACAACCACACUUGCUUACUUAUCCUUCGGUUUUUAAGGCGUAUGCUCGAGGUGGUCUUGCGAAAAAUGGAGCUCAACUUCAUGGGAGAAUCAUGAAACUAGGCUUAGAAUUUGACACAUUCAUAAGAAAUACUCUGUUGCAUAUGUAUGUAAGUUGUGGUUUUUUGGUUGAAGCAAGGAAAUUGUUUGAUGAGGAUGAGGUUGAGGAUGUUGUUUCUUGGAAUUCCAUGAUCAUAGGCCUAGCUAAAUCGGGAGAAAUCGAUGAUUCUUGGAGGUUGUUUAGUAAAAUGCCAACUAGAAAUGAUGUUUCUUGGAACAGUAUGAUUAGUGGCUUUGUUAGAAAUGGGAAGUGGAGUGAAGCAUUGGAACUAUUUAGCACAAUGCAAGAGGAAAAAAUUAAGCCUACUGAAUUCACCUUGGUGAGUUUGUUGAAUGCUUGUGGACACUUAGGAGCACUUGAACAAGGGAAUUGGAUUUAUAUGUAUGUUAAGAAGAACAAUGUUGAGUUGAAUGUUAUUGUUGUUACUGCAAUUAUAGACAUGUAUUGCAAGUGUGGAAACGUUGAAAUGGCGUGGCAUGUUUUUGUAAGCGUCUCCAAUAAAGGGUUGUCUUCUUGGAAUUCAAUGAUUUUGGGCUUAGCUAUUAAUGGAUUUGAGAAUGAUGCGAUUCAGUUAUUCGCGAGGCUACAAUGCACAAAUCUCAAGCCUGAUUCAGUGAGUUUCAUCGGUGUACUAACCGCGUGCAAUCACUCUGGAUUGGUAGAUAAAGCUAAAGACUACUUCCAAUUAAUGGAAAAAGAAUAUGGUAUUGAACCAUCAAUCAAGCACUAUGGUUGUAUGGUCGAUAUUCUUGGCCGAGCAGGACUAGUUGAAGAAGCAGAAGAAGUUACAAGGAGUAUGAAAAUGGAACCUGAUGCUGUCAUAUGGGGUUCUUUGUUAUCGGCUUGUAGGAGUCAGGGGAACAUGGCGUUGGCCAGAUGGUCAGCUGAGAAUUUGCUUGAGUUGGAUCCAAAUGAGAGCAGUGGCUAUGUAUUGAUGGCGAACAUGUAUGCAGCCUCGGGCCAGUUUGAAGAAGCUAUGGAUGAAAGGAUAUCAAUGAAAGAGAAAGAUAUAGAGAAAGAAGUGGGAUGCAGUUCAGUCGAAGUUAACGGAGAAGUUCAUGAGUUUGCAUCUGGUAGGAAGUUAGAUUCUGAGUUGUAUGAUAUAUAUUCUUUGAUGCACUAGACACAUUUAGGAAUUUAGUGUCUACUUAGAGCCAUUGUACACAGAAACUAUUUCAUUUAGGAGUAUAUUGUACUUAGAGCCAUUGUACACAGAAACUACUUAGAGCCAUUUUAUGAUAAGGAAUAAAUCAGAAGUCUUCAACUAUUGCUAUUCCAUCCACUAAAUCAGACUAUUUGAAUAGACAAACUUUGAAGAAUUUGAAGAA